AUGGGCUCCUCCAAACGCGGUCCCUUCGGUGGGCGUCGUAUCGUUCCAAAAACUUUAACUGUUCCAAAUCACGAUUCCUUUUUUGUUGUCAAGCGUGUUUCCGAGAAAAAUGAAAAUUUUAAUUCUGUAUCACCUUUCCUCGUACAGAGGGCAUUCACAGCAACAGUAGGCGAGGUUUCUUCAAUCCGAAAAAUGCGUUCUGGCGACUUGCUGGUUGAAGUGAAUUCAAAAAAGCAAGCCCAGCAAAUAUUAAAAUUGAAAGCUUUAGCUACCAUUCCCGUUACAGUCAGUCCACACACGUCAUUAAAUUAUUCUAAAGGCGUUAUAACCUGCGGGGAACUGUUUAAUGUUCCCCUUGAAGAAAUAUCUGCAGAACUAAAACAUCAAGGUGUCACUAAUGUACAACAGAUCUCUAUACGGCGGGAUGGCCAAAUCCUUCCCACUAAACAUUAUAUACUUACUUUCCAUAGUCCAACUUUACCAGAAUUUAUUUAUGCAGGCUACAUUAAAUUACCAGUAAGACAUUAUAUUCCUAACCCGUUGAGAUGUUUUCAGUGUCAGCGUUUCGGCCACUCUAAAGCCAAUUGCCGUGGGACUCUCACUUGCGCCCGCUGUGCUGAAAAAGGGCACGAUAUGAAAAUAAAAGAAGCCUUAUCUUACCCUGAAGCCAGAAAGAAAAUUUUAUCUCAAACACCGACUCCCGGUCUGAGUUAUGCCUCCGCCGUACAGAAAUCGUUUUGCGUAAACUGUACGUGCCAGAACUGUCUCAAAAAUCCUAGCCAUUCUAAAACAAAUACAAAAACAUCGGAUUCCGAUUCUGGAUCAAACACCAACACCACUUUAGAAAUUCGUAGACCUGAAAAGGCUUUAAGAAAAUCAAAAUCUCAAAAUUCUCUGAAGUUGAAGCUUUCAAAACGUGGCCUCUCAAAAACAAGUUUGCCUUCUAAGUUGAAAUUGUCUAAAGGUCAGAAAUCCGUCGCCUUGGGACUUGCGACGCAGAGCAUAGUCCAUAAGGACUUGACAUCUAUUUUUGGUGAAGCACCCAAAAGUCCUGAACUUAUCGCGCUUCAUCCGUCUGAAGAAGAGGAUGAAGAAAUGAGUUGCGAUGUCUCGCAACACUCAAACACCGUCUCCAAUACCUUUAAAACCAAAAGAACCUCUUAA